AUGGACGCCCAACAACGUCGGCUCUACAUCCAAUGGUGUCAGAGCCAGCGGGUCUCGCUGUCGGUGUUCAAGCCCGAUGGCGAAACCGAAGCGUUUCUGGUACCUGGAGAUCUCCUCCGGCGACGCUCACGGACAUUCCGUGAGUCGUUGACUUGUUAUGUCUCCGGCAUGCCAAUCCACGAUACGUCCGUGGAGACAUUGGAAGAUUUCUUCCUGUGGACCAUGUCGCCUCAGCCUCAUAUCGACGAGCGAGCAUCCUUCGACCAAGCGGUAAAGUUGGGUAUCUUCGCGUCGAAAUACAAAAUCCCUGCACUAAGCAAUCAACUCACGGACAUGAUCCGAAGCAACCUGGCAAAUGGGGAAUGGAAAUUGCAAGCUUCUAUAGCCGAUGAGAUAUACGAGGCGGUGCCAGCGGGGGCCCCGUUGCGUGAAGUCGUCCGCGCGGCGUUGGGACAGUUGCCCAGAUCGAUUACUACUGAUCUUGAAGAGGGUAGCCGAGAAGAGUGGAAAGCCACCAUCUUGAAACAUGCACAACUUGCUUGGGAUUAUAUCGAGGCCAGCGGGUCGGAAUGGACGAAGUCAGCAUAUCUAACUGGCGUCUGUCGCUUCCAUGACCAUAAAGGCAUGGGCUAUCAGAAUGGCUUGUCCGCGCCUUGUGACGGAUGUGCGUAUGCUCAAGAUGAAUGUUUCCCAAGAGUCGAUCAAGAAACACCGGCGGACAUGGAUCAGGUGGAUCCGCUGAUCGAAGAGCCUGCCGAGACGGCUCCCAGCAGCGACGAGACAUUUCACACAGCCGAGGAAUUGUCAGUCCCACCGCCAGCACUGGAGCCAAUUGAGGAGGAAUCUGCGCCUCCCGAAGAACCAGAUAUUGAGCCGACACCUCCCGCAGAUGACUUUGACACUCCCGUACCAGAGGUCGAGGAGGCCGCGAUCGAGGAGUAUCCACCAGAGCCAGCAGUGGAUUCAGAGCCGGAAACAUUGCAGGCGGUGGCACAGAAGCCGGCAGAUACGGGUUUCAAUUGGGCAGAUGACGAGCCAGCUCCAUCCGAGGUGAACGAAGUACCAGCGUCUGAAGUCAACGAGGUCGCCGCAUCUGAAGUCAAUGGCAUCGCACCAUCGGAAGUUAGCGGCGUAGCCUCGUCGGAGUCCAAUGGUAGCAUCAUUUCUCAAACGUUGGCCAAGGAGAUGAAUGGGGCUGCUGUGCAGGAGUCGGUGAUUGUGGAGGAGGCCGAUGUGCCUGUAGGGGCUGGAGGCAAUGCAGAUGGUCAUGUUGCGGAGGAGAAGGGUGUUGGUGCUCAGUCCCCGGUGGUCGAGGGUGAGAGCUCGAGCAAGAAGAAGAAAAAGAAGAAGAACAGGGGAAACAGUGUGAGUCAGGUCAAAUAA